AUGACAGAGCAACUGAAGCGUACGGAGGAGGGUAUGGACCAGAUCAACCAGGAUAUGAGACAGGCCGAGAAGAACCUGACUGACCUGUCCAAGUGCUGCGGCCUCUGUGUCUGCCCCUGUGACCGGUAACAAACUGUAACCUAACCUGGUCUCACUCACGUAAACACACAGUUAGUCUGAAUUAAACUGACCUGUCCAAAUGCUGCGGCCUCUGUCUGCCCCUGUGCAGCCUCUCAUAUGGCCAAACUAUAAUGCAAUCGUAGCAUAUCCGUUUUUUCUCACUUCUGCCUGCUACACUGGAAAUUAGUCAUGUGUAGCUUUCUGUACUGUACUUUCUGUAAUGAUGACUCUCACAAAGAUUAAAAAAUGCUAGGAAACUAUCUUCCCCUGAUUGAUUGGCGGACUGAAUGACUUGGUUUAUUGAUUGAUCUAUUGUCCCUCAGGGUGACGUCCAUAGAGCAUGACUCUAAGUACAAGCGUACCUGGGGAAUAGGUGAUAGUAGCAGUGCAGGAGGAGGGGGAGUGGAUGGCUCGGUGGUGUCCACUCAACCCUCAGGCAUCCGUAACGGAGAGGCCAACCAGCAGCAGUCUAUGGGGAGCUCUGGACCCUACAUCAAGAGGUGGGUGAAGCCAGUCAACCGUACAACACACACCUAGUUACAAGCUAUCAGCCGGUCCCAAGUCACUAUUGCUCCCUUUGCCCUUUCAAUGUUUGCAGAUCUGUAAGGUUGGUGGAUGCUCCAUCACUGCAUUGAUUAUACUUAUCCAGACCCUUCAGAUCUGGAAACACCGACGGGUUAGGGCUAUCAAGCAAGAGCAAAAAGUCUCAUGAUAAUGCGUAUGAGAUUAGUAGAUAUUUAUGUAACGACGUGUCCCUUUCUCUCCCCCAGGAUAACCAACGAUGCUCGGGAGGAUGAGAUGGAGGAGAAUCUGGACCAGGUGGGCAGCAUCAUAGGGAACCUGAAGAACAUGGCCAUGGACAUGGGCUCUGAGAUAGACAAGCAGAACAAACAUAUCGACCGCAUCACAGAAAAGGUGGGUUGUCAUUGUGGCUGGGCUGUGUUAUCCAUCCAUACACUGCCUUACACUCCUAGGGCUUUAUCAUACCAUGAGGCUCUCGUUCUAUAGCUGUGUUUACACAGGCAGCCCAAUUCUGAUAUUUUCUUCACUAAUUGAUCUUUUGACCAAUCAGAUCAGCUCUGAAAAAAUCUGUGAUUGAUCAAAACACCAAUUAGUGGAAAAAUGAUCAGAACUGGGCUGCCUGUGUAAAUGCAGCCAUAGAUGCCACCAGUAUGCUCUGACGAAGGUCUUUGUGAGCAAAAGUUUGCCAUAUGACAGAUAGUUGCAUUGAUCUAAGUGGGAAGAGACUAUUAUCUUCUUCCUACACCUCAUCUACCUUAGUCAGGUCUGUGGUAUAUUUCUCGAGUGUACCAUGAGGCUGCCUAACAUAGCGCUCUACUGUCAAGGAAGUCCUACUGUUUCACUAAGUUAUAGAAAUGUAGAUGUGUUCAUCCACCUCUCACCUGGUGUCUGUACUGUCUCUCUCUCUCAGGCGGACAUGAACAAAGCACGUAUCGAUGAAGCCAACCAGCGAGCUAACAAGCUCAUCAAGUAG